AUGGACGGCGAAGCCAAACACAACAAAUGUAUUACCUUGGAAAAACUCAAGCUUGCAGAAGCUGUUGAACUAGGAGGCGCCAAUAAUUUGGAAGAUGUGGCCCUUGCCCACGAGAAAAUAACACAAUCAAUAAAGCGACUGGAAGCAUCAAAGGAUCAAACUUUACAACAUUUAAUGGAUAGCGACAGAGAAGUGGAUUACAUAAAAGAGUGGUCGAUGGCACAAAAGAACUGUAUUACACAAUUUCGGAAAGAAAGGGAUCAAUGCAAAGCACAUUUUGAGGAAUUACAAAAACAUAGGCGUGAACAACAGUUGCAAACAGAACUCGAGGAACAAAAGCGUUUGAGCAUUGAAAAAGCGAAAUUGAGAGAAAAUUACCAAAGGGAAACAGAAGCGGCAAUCAUGAGGCAACAUCAGGCAGAGGAAGAAUGGAUACGGAGAAAGCUAGAACUGCAGAAGUUAAAUGAGAACACUGGCGAAGGGAAUAAUGCUUUUAAAAAAUCAACACCCACGGUGAAGCUGCAAAGAUAUACCAUCACACCUUUUUCUGGAGAUUACAAAGAUUGGCUUCGUUUUUGGAAUCAGUUUAAGGUAGAAGUUGAUGAGUCAAAUCUUUCUGAAAUUAGUAAAUUUCACUACUUAAUAGAGUUGGUCAAGGGCAAACCUCGAGAUGACAUCAUGGGUUUGCCACAUUCAAUUGACGGUUACAAUGAAGCUAAACGCAUACUUAACGAGACUUAUGGUAAAGACAUUAAAGUUCACAGGGCAUUGAUUAAAGAUCUGGAGACACUACAUGCAAUAAAGAGUAUUCACAACCUCGAAUCGAUCCAUGACUUCCACAACAAGCUGUCAAGAACUGUAAGAACACUCUCUACCAUGGAUAAGUUAGAAUCUGCCCAAUCAGCAGUUUAUACCCUUAUGGAUAAGCUGGGACCUGUUCGAGAAGUCCUGGUACAGAAAGAUGAUGACUGGGAAAAUUGGGAUCUAAAACAACUUGUAGAGAACCUAAGGAAAUAUGUGGAUCGGCACCCAUUGCGUACCGAAGACAGAAAAAACAAUGAGCGGAAGAGUGAGAGAUUCGGUUGGCAAAACCGGGACAAACUAUUACUUGGUAAUGGCAGAGAUGGACAAAAGCGUCAAAGAUGUAUUUACUGUGAGUCCGCUGAACACCCUGCGGUGAAGUGUACAAAAGUGUUAAGUGUAGCUGGAAAACGUGACAUAUUAAAGCAGAAGAAAGCUUGUUUCAACUGUGCAUCUGUAGGACAUAUAGCAUCAGCAUGCAGAGCUCGAGGAUGCCACAACUGUGGACAAAAACACCAUACCUCCAUAUGCCUACAACAAGAAAGAUCAUCAAUGGGCAACACAAAGAACAGUCAAAAGGAAAACGAAAAUGUUGGAGAACAAGUGGGGCUCAUGACAUCCCAACAACCAGGACAAUCGUCAAAGGACAGUGAGAAUCAGAUUGAAGAGAAGGGUAUGAGAACAGCAACCCAGAAUACUUCUGCUAUUCAUCCUACCUUACUUGUGAGCGUCGAAGGGGAGCCGGCGAGACUCAUGAUUGAUACAGGUGCAAGCAGUUCGUACAUAUGCAGUGACCUCAUUACGAAGUUGAGGCUAAGACCAAAGAGAAAGGAAAGACGGUGUAUUGAACAAAUGUAUGGCACUUUAAACAAGAUGGUGGAGAUCUACAACAUCACGAUUGGAUCAACAGUGGGAAAUGCGUUCGAGAUGGAAAUAGAGUGUAUUAACGCAGAAAAGGAUAUCUUGACCCGUGUAACAAAUCCAAACAUUAAUCAGAUAAAGAGGAAACAGCCACGCCUUCGACAGCUAACCUUUAGUGAAGAAAAGUCAACUGGGAACAUCUUACCAGUCCACAUCAUGCUGGGGGUAACAGACUAUCAACGUAUCAAGUCUGGUGCGCCCCCAGUAUUGGGUGAUGACCAGGAGAAGGAUCCAGGAGCCGAAUUUACACUGUUCGGGUGGACACUUUAUGGUGGUGUUCACACAAGCACCAAGACCGACAAGCAUUUCCUACUCCAUACUGGCCAAGAAGAGUUUGAGCGACUGUGCAGAGAUGAUGUGCUUGGGGUAACAGACAGGGACGAGGUGACGUCGUUCCAGCACGAAGAAUUUAAGAAGCAACUUCAACAGAAUGAUGAUGGAUUCUACGAGACAGGGCUACCUUGGAAAAGUGACUGUAUGCCUCUGCCAGAAAACAAGAAUCAGACGAUUGCACGACUACACAACGUCACGCGAAAGCUUGAGAGAAUGGGGAAGCUGGAAGAAUAUAACAAAAUAAUGAAUGAGCAGCUAAGAGACGGGGUGAUCGAGCCUGUUCCAGCUCAACCUACCGGGAAGGUUAUCCACUACAUACCUCAUCAACCAGUGAUAAGAGAGCAAGCAGAAUCGACAAAAAUGCGCAUUGUCUACGACUGUUCUUCAAAACCAAAUGUGGACACACCCUGCCUAAACGAUUGCUUAGAGACUGGGCCCUCAUUGCAACCACUCCUCUUAGACAUACUCCUCCGCAAUCGCUUCCGAAUGUUCUGUAUCACUGGUGAUGUGACGAAAGCCUUUCUUCAAAUCAUCGUCAAGCAAAACGAUCGUGACGCACAACGGAUACUAUGGUAUGACGACUUGACGAACCGGAAUAUAAUCGAGUUCAGGUUUACGCGAGUUAUUUUCGGAGCCACUUCGAACCCGUAUAUUCUCGGUGCAACCUUGGAAAAGCACUUGGAAGAAUACGUGAACACGUACCCAGAAACAGUGCGAGCAUUAAAAGAGGACACGUACGUUGAUGAUAUACAGGGAGGAGGCGAUUCAGAGAGUCUCGUGAUAAAGUUUAAGGAAGAAUCAACAACCAUUAUGGCGGCGGCCGGCUUUCAACUGCAUAAGUGGCAUAGCAACGUAUCAUCCGUCGAAUCCAGUGGCGGUACAGCAGAGGAGGAAGAGACAUACGCGAAAACGUUGGCAGGUAGUGGUGACACAAAUCAAACGAAAAUACUGGGAAUGCCUUGGGACAAAGCUACGGACACGAUGGCGGUAUCGUUCGAGCCGUGCAUAAAUGUGAGAGAACCGUUAACAAAGCGAAAGAUGGUCGCAGCAAUCAACGGCGUGUACGACGUUCUGGGAUGGUCUUCUCCUGUGAUGAUCAUUGCCAAAUUGAUCUUCAGCAGUGUGUGUCUUCUUAAGCUGCAUUGGGACGAGAUAUUACCACCUGACAUUACACGAAAGUGGCAUUCGUGGAUCAGCGGAUUGAGACAGCAGAAAUUGAUCUCCGUGCCCCGAAGCGUAAAGUUAAGAAGUGAUAGCCAAUUUGAGAUUCACGGAUUUUCAGAUGCCAGUAAGGCGGCGGUGUGUGCAGCAAUUUACACGGUUGAAUACCAAGGAUCGACAGCAGUCAACCAAACUUUGCUCGUGGCGAAGUCGAGAGUUGCUCCAAAGGGUACAAGCAUCCCAAGACUAGAAAUGACUGCAGCUACGACCUUGGCCAAGUUGUUAAACAAUGUAAUGAAGGCGUUGGAACAACAAUCCAUUUGUGCAGUCCAUAACUGGGUAGAUAGUGUGACGGUGCUCUAUUGGCUUGCAAACAAAGGGACAUGGUCGGUGUUUGUAAGAAAUCGUGUCAAGAAAAUCAAGGAGUUAACGAAUGCAACCUGGCAUUACGUUCCAACCAACAGCAACCCUAGCGACGUGGGAACCAGGGGAGCAACACCAAGUAAGCUAACAGAUAUGUGGUUCAAGGGUCCUGAGUGGAUUUCCAAGCAUGAAUUGUGGCCAGAGCAACCAGAGAUAACGGAAACAGCGGAGAUUUCCCAAGAGAUGACAGCCAAACAAACCCUGGUUAAACAAGCGAUCGAAAGAGAUGCACAGAUGAUCAACUACAUGUUAACGAAGUUCAAGUAUCGAAAGUUGAUACGAGUGACAGCAUAUAUCUUCCGUUUCACGAGGAAUGCGAGGAAGAAUUCACAAAAGCUCCACGGCCCGUUAGCCAAGGAAGAAAUUGAACGAGCCGAACUUACUUGGGUGAAAAUCGUUCAAGAAAACGUGAAGGAUGACGGAGGUUGUACUCUUUACAAGGACGAAAACGGCGUGCUGAGAGUUGACGGACGCAUACCUGGAUACAACCCGAUCUUCCUUCCGAGAAGCUGCACGUUGGACCGACUAUUGGUGCGCGAGAUUCAUGAGCAAAUCUGUCACGGGGGAGUAAGCUCAACAAUAGCAAAAACAAGGGAACGAUUUUGGGUACCAAGGUUGCGGAGAUUGGCGAAAGAUAUCGUGAACAGCUGCAACACUUGCAAGCAAGCCCGACCAAAAGCGUUAAAGCAGCCAACAACGGCGUCUUUACCAACGUUUCGAACCGUGAUGACAGAACCGUUCGCAGUGACCGGAGUGGACUUUGCUGGUCCCUUUCUCUACAGAGAUAACCGAAAGUCAACGAGCAAGGCUUACGUUGCUCUUUACACCUGCUCUACGACAAGAGCGGUUCAUCUGAAGUUGAGCAAGAGCAUGGACGCUGACGACUUCAAGAAAGGGUUUAAAGAGUUCGUUGCUAGACGCGGUACACCAAAAAAGAUCGUGAGUGAUAAUGCGUUAACCUUCAAAGCGACCAAACAGUGGCUAGACAGUCUUACUAAGGAUACGGACUUGUUUAACUACCUAACGACGGAGAGGAUAACUUGGCAAUUUAAUUUGUCUAGAGCCCCCUGGUGGGGUGGCUUCUUCGAGAGGCUUGUCGGGAUAAUGAAAUCCAGUUUAGCUAAAGUAAUUGGUCGAGUGAUGCUAACGUUUCCCGAGCUUGAAGAAGUUCUGCUGGAUGUUGAAUGCUUUAUGAACAACCGCCCACUUUGCUACCAAGGUGAAGAAUUCGAACAACCUGUAAUCACACCAAAUUUACUUCUUCGUGGCCAGCCAGCAAACUUCCUAGAAGAAGACGUGGACGAAAUGGACGAGAAAGAGAAGGCGACCAAGCGAAUGAGAUUUCUCCGAGUUUGUCGAGAACACAUUAAAAAGCGUUGGCUCACUGAGUACGUCCACGCUCUGCAAGAGAGACACCGCAAGGUUUACAAUACUGAGAAAGGAUUACCAUUGAAAGGAUCAAUCGUACUUAUAACUGAUGAUAGCAAAAUAAAGAAGAAGUGGCGAAUCGGACGAAUUGUUGACGUUAUUCGAGGUCGAGAUAAUGUUUUGAGAGGAUACAAGAUAAAGACAGGAAAUGGUUACAUUGUUGAGAGACCACUUCAGUUAGUGUGUGACCUGGAAAUUGACGGUUCGACAGACGAAACGGUAAGCAAAGAAAAAGGAGAGGAAACCCAGACGGGAACCAUGAAAGAAACAACUCCUAAUGAGGGAAAUAACGAUAAGCAAGGCGCUAGUGAGAGACCUUCGAGAGCAGCGAAAGUAACGGCAAGAAACCGUAUAGUCGGAAUUGUAAUGAACGAAGAAGAAGAGGAAUGA